GCGUGUUAUAUUAUUUUUUUAUUUCCAAUUUGUUGCAAAUAAUGCUGCCCAGUAGGCGUCUCUGUAUUGCUCUCUUCGAUACCCCCCUUGGGCUUUCCUGCUCACGGCUCCACGCUUCCGAGGCGAUUUCUUGGGUUUGAGCCGGAAAUCAAGGUUGGGCUUAUAGGAGAUCGGGGACGGAGGAGGAGCUGUGGGGAGGGAGCUUUUGUGGCAAGGACAGAUAUGGAGCAUGAUGAGGCCGGAUGCCAAGCUCCAGAAAGGCCUAUCCUUUGUAUCAACAAUUGUGGCUUCUUUGGAAGUCCUGCAACCAUGGACAUGUGCUCUAAGUGCCACAAGGAUCACAUUUUGAAGCAGGAACAGGCUAAACUGGCUGCAUCAUCAAUUGAUUGUGCAGUGAAUGGUUCUGGAAGUAGCAGUGGUAAAGAUCUGGUUGUUGAUGGGAAUUUAGAUUUAUUAGUUGGUGUGGUUGAGCCUAAACCUAUCGUGGUACUUACUACAAAUGAUUUAACCUUAAGUGAUGGCUGUGAAGGCAAGGCCAAAGAGGGCCCCAACCGGUGCAGUGCCUGUAGGAAACGUGUUGGGUUAACUGGUUUUGAUUGCCGAUGUGGUAAUCUCUUCUGUGCUGCACACCGCUAUUCUGACAAGCAUGACUGCCCAUUUGAUUACCGCACGGCAGCUAGGGAUGCCAUUGCCAAAGCCAACCCUGUUGUGAAGGCUGAGAAAUUGGACAAGAUAUAGGGCAACGAUGAUGUGUUUGUAAAAGCAAUAUUAGAUGCACAUCCUUGUGCCUAAUGCCUUUGCCCUUUAUAUUGGGUUCCCUCAUCAUUGUUGUCCUUUGUUGCUAAAGGUUGGAUGUAUGGUGCUUUGGUGUUGUAGUUCUGUGAACUCAGUCUCUUGAUUUGGGAAAAUGGUUUCUAUGUUGGUGCAUGUAUGAUGAGCUCUUUUUAAAUGACUUGGUGGACUUAAUUGCUGUUUAUGCUCUUUGAAUUUGAUCAGAUAAUGCCAUAUCCUUUCAGGUUGAUUAU